AUGGUGGUCAUUGUGCUUUGCUGGGCUUCGUCCAUCACCUACGGCUUCAGCUUUCCCUUGAUGCACGACCUCGGCUUAGCAUACUCGCAGGGGGAGACCGUGCACGUUCUGGCGAAGUCCGUCACAUCUCGCGCGAAAAUCGUGCCGCUUCGUUGGAGCAGCGUUUUUCCGUGCGCGGUGUCACUGAGCCAAAGCACACUGCAGCCAUCUCGUCGCAGUAUUGGUCAGGUGCUGAUGGGUGACACGCUGGAGGACUCUGGCAUUCGGCUGAAGGUACUGACGGACAUGAAGUGUGUCCUCGUCUGCUCAGCGCGUUUGAGCACGGCCGAGAGGGAACAGUACGAGAAGCGCAUCUUGGGCCGCUACCGGGCACACCUAGUGUUGGAUGGACUCCCGGCUCUGGAGGCGCCGUCGGUCGAUGGCGCGUACCGUCGCAUCCGCACCGGCUUUCCACUUGGCAACUUCUCCAGGGCCACGACAACGGGGUUUAUAGAGGUGUACAACCACGUUCACUUAAUUGUCUCCUACUACCCAAUCACCUCGACGGAUUCGCGAACGGUGCGGAUUGUGCAGUUCGAGGUGCAGCCCCGAAGCGUGUUUCACACCGGCGAGCUCGGUGGGGACGGCACCUGCACCUUCCCCGCCAUGCUCAAGCCUCAGAUCACGCACAUGGAGAGCAUUCGCUUCAGCUACUCCGUUGAGUGGGUGGUGUCGACGACGCCGUGGAAGACGCGCUGGGACAACUAUCUCGACGACAAUUCGCGCGAGUCGAAGGCGCACUGGUACUCCAUCGUGAACGUCUUCUCAUUGGUGCUGCUGCAAUCGGUGCUCCUGUGGUACAUCCUCGUGCGGUCUGUGCGGCGCGACAUCUCAUCCUACAACGAGGAAGACUUGCUGGGCGAUCGCGAGGACAGCGGAUGGAAGCUUGUGCACGGGGAUGUGUUCCGGCCGCCACGCGGUGCUGUCUUCCUCUCCGUGCUCGUUGGCAAUGGCAUGCAGAUCAUGUGCAUGGUGUUCGCCUCGCUGCUCGUUGCCGUGGCUGGCAUGCUCGCGCACGACUCGCGCGGUAUGCUGGCAUCCCUGCUUGUGAUGCUCUUCGUGUUCUUCUCCAGCGUCAAUGGGCUCGUGACGGCGGCUCUCAUUAAGCUCUUGCGGCGGCGCUCGUGGCAGGCAAUCUUUCUGACGUCCGUCGCGCUGCCGGGGUUUCUUUUCGGGGUCUACCUCACGCUCAACUUGAUACACCUCGGCUCCCACGCGGCGAGCACGCUGCCCUUCACAUCUCUCCUCUACCUGCUGGCGCUGUGGCUGUGUGUCUCGGUGCCACUUUGCUUUGGCGGCGCUGUCGCCGGCUUCAGCUCCAACCUUUCGAUUCCGGCAAAGAUCAACGCCAUACCGCGCACGAUCCCACCACAGCCGUGGUACAUGAAAGGCGUGCUCUCCUACGUGGCUCUCGGCAUCGUGCCACUGGCGGCGUCCUAUGUGGAGUUGCAGUCCAUCUUCAGCAGUGUGUGGCUCGGCGUUGCGUACCGCAUGUUCUCCUUCCUACUUGCAGCCUUUGUGCUGGUGCUGGUCAUUGUGGCGCAGGUGUCUAUCUUCUCCACCUAUCACCAGCUGAGCCUCCUCAACUACCACUGGUGGUGGCGCUCCUUCUUCGUGUCGGCGUCGUACGGGGUGUGGCUGAUGCUGUACUGCGUCUUGUACUACUGGCUCAUCUCCGUUGUGAAGGGCUUUCUCGGGAUGGUCCUGUUCUUUGGGUACAUGGGGCUGGCUUGCGUGACGGUGGCUCUUAUGUUUGGCGCCGUCGGCUUCCUGGCGUCCCUGGUGUUCAUCUGUAUCUUGUUCGCGAGCGUCAAGGCGGAUUAG